AUGAAUUCACCGCCCGACGAUGGCUGGUCACAGUCAGAAGUCAACGAUUUGUUCGAUUAUAUAGAAUUGAUUACAAAAAAUCGUGUCCAAUUGAACACCGCCGCAUUAUAUCGAAGCAUUGCAAUGUCGCGAUAUUCGUUUGUUUCUAGCGAACAUAUUCAGAGAGUUAAAUCAAAAAUUUUCGACACUUUACAAAAUCAUGUACUGGAAGUGACUCGCUACAAUUUGAACACCAAAAUUCGCAUGAUCUACGCUUUGGGGGUGCCGAUUGGGCCGAAUUUUCGAGAAGUUCUUCAAAAAAUCGCACAUUUCCAGUUGGAUGAGCAGAACAGGAUUAUUAGAUACAUGUCGAAGGACAAGGUUCUGAUAUUGGGACCAGAGCCACUCCUUCAAACCUGGAAUAUGGAUCUUAUCGAUUUUUUAGUCGAAACUUCCGAGAAAAUUCUGCGACCGAUAAAAUUGUGUGAUUUGGCGGAUGAGUUUAAGGCGGUGCAUAAAGAUGAGCGACGCGCGAGUUCGUUGGCUCAGAAAAUCCAAAAGACCGGAACUGUCAAAUUGAACGUGUUUCGUCAAAUUGUGGGAUACUAUUCGAACGACGGCAUGCUAACGCUGGGCGAUGUUGAACGAGAUGUCGUCGUCGUGGAUUCGGAAAAUUCAGAAGACGUGGAUUCGAAUGAUGACGUCGUCAGAAGGGUGAUUCAGAUGGAUCACGACUAUCUCCCAGUGAAAAAGUCAUCUGUGGUUUACGGUGGUCCCGGAAAGUGUCCAGCUCCGAUUCUUCUAGAAAAAAUGAAAGUCAAUGAGGAAGAAGAAGAAGGAUUAUCGAUGACAUCAACGUCUUCUGAAAAUCAGAAGACGUCAAACUAUCAGCGUCAUUCGUUUUACACGUGGAAAUCGCUUCACGAUCAAUCCGUUCGAUUUUUGGCAGAUUCGUGUCAAAAACGGGAUCAGAAAAUCUCGUUAUCAGCGAUCGCUAAGGAGUUUAAGAGGAAGUUUGACGAUCCGGCGGCGGCAAGAUCUGUUCAAAUGCGAUUCUUCCGAAUCAAGCGAAAAAUCCACACUCUCCACCAUUUGGACAUCCCGACGCGUAUUCGAAUGCUCUAUGUCACCAACGCUCAAGUGGAUCCCUUGUUUUUGACAAUAAUCCGAAAAUCUGCCUACGUCGAAGUGGACCAAUUUAUGAAGAUUCUGAAAUAUAAAGCACACGACGGAAGUCUGGAAUUGGGCUGUGAAAUUGAAAAAUCCGACGGCGUGGAGUCAGAUGACGUGGCAGUUCUUCCCAUCCCCCUAGAAGACGUGAAAAUCGAAGUAGAAGAUGACGUGGAUCCAGAUUUUUUGGAAAAAGUAAAAAUUGAAGAAGCAGAUGACGUGUAUUCAUAUCCAGAAUCCAGCAUAAUGGAUUACAAUGAGCAGUCUGUGGCGUUUCUCGUGGAUUACUGUAGAAAUCGUGAUUGGCCAGUGACUGGGUGGGAGCUGGCGAAUGCAUUCAAAACGAGUUCUGACGACCCAUCGUUUACGAAAUCUAUCGAAAUUCGAUUUGGCAGAAUCAAAAAACGAAUUCAUACUUUCAAUCACUUGGACAUUUCGACGCGGAUUCGAAUGCUUUUUGUGACAAAAGCUAAAGUGGACCCUCUGUUUUUGGAAUUAAUCCAAAAAUCUGGAGACGUCCAUCUGGACCAAUCACAACGAAUUUCGGGAUAUUCUGCAUUCGAUGGAAGUUUAACAAUGGGACGGGGUGACUGGAGUCACUUGCGAUCGGAAAGAUACAUAUCUUCAAAUGAACCGGAUUUUGAUUUCAAAGACGUGAAAAUCGAAGAGAUGAAUGAUUCAGAAUAUCAGAAGGCGUCAACGUCUCAGAAGACGUCAGAUGAUCAGUUUUAUGUUGCCUCCACGCCUUCUAAAUCAACGUCUUCUGAAAUUCCGGAGACGUUUGAAUCCACGAAUCUCAAAAAAUUCCAAGAACUCCUCCACUGCCUUCUGCUCACUUUGGACUCCCCAUCACUCGCAGAAAUCGAUAAAAAAUUCAAAAAAUCGAUAGAAAAAGUGGAAAUUUCCAAAGAAAUCCCCAUGGAAACUGCAAUUCUAUCACUGGAAAUCAUUUUUAAUCUAUUCACACAACGAUAUUUCAUUGAAGACGCCAAUCAGAAGACGUCAAUCCCGGGUCACACAAUUUUGACACUUUUGAUGAAUUUAUGCUUCUUUUUGAAAUCGCCGAAGACGUCGGGCCUUCAGAAUCGGAUCAGAAAUGCUAGAAAUGGGAAAAUCCCAGUACGAAACGUCCAAAUCGCACUGGAAACUGCACUUCUUCUCAUCAAUCCAUAG